AAAAAUUCUUUUUCUUUCUUUAUUUUACUUUUCAUGAUGAAUGACAAGAUAGAAGCACCUUUUGGUGUGGUGGAUAUGGGAUCCAAUGGGAUUCGAUUCGGUAUUGUGAGUGCACUGGCUCGUCACUUACCUGUUGCCUAUGAGGAACGUGCACCUAUUGCAUUGUUAGAAGCUCAAGGAGACGAACGCAUCAUCCCUUCUGACGUGAUAGAUCAAGUUAUCACCAGUUUUUUGCGAUUCAAACUACUCUGUCAAGAUGCAGGUGUGCAUCAUGUCCGUGUGAUUGCUACAGAAGCAACGCGUAUUGCGGUCAAUGCACAAGAGUUUUUGGAUCGCAUCCAUCAAGCAACAGGUUGGCAAGUCUCGUUAUUGUCGAAACAAGAAGAAGCCUUAAUAUCUGCUUCGGGCAUUGUAGGUUCUUUUCAUCAGGUCAAUGGCUUAACCAUGGAUUUAGGUGGUGGUUCUGUGGAAGUAAGUUACGUCAUGAUGGAUCCGCAAGCCAUGCGUGUAUCACCUCAUCCUGUCUCGAUGCCUUUUGGUGCCGCGGCACUCAAGCGAAAACUAGCGCAAUGUGAAUCGGAAGAACAAGUGAGAGCCCUGUACGAACAAGUGGUAGCUGAACUUCAAAAGGCGCAUGAUCAAGCUCAAUUGCCUGAAUCCUUAUGCCACCCAGAUGGCUAUGAUGUCUAUAUGAGUGGAGGUGGAUUCAGAGCCUUGGGGUAUUUGUCAAUGGCUGUCAAUGCACAAGAUACGCUAUUACCACGCCAAAGUACGAAUCGGAAACACAUGUACCCUAUUCCUAUCAUCAAUGGCUAUUCUAUCUCAGGUAAAAAACUCAAAGCAUUAGCUAAAUUCUAUCGCCAUAAGCAACCUGAGGAACUGAUCAAGAAACUCAAGGUGUUCCGUAUCUCCAAACGACGUGCAGGCAUGAUUCCUGCUUCCUGUUUCUUAGUCUCGGCGAUUCUGAAAGUAUACAAGAUCCGUCGUAUCUAUUUCAGUGAGGGAGGUGUACGACAAGGCUUUUGUUAUCAAUUGCUGUCGACAGCUGAAAAGCAAAAAGAUCCCUUUUUAGAAGGUGUCAAGGCAUACGCGGCUCAAUCUCCAUUUAGUUUGUCAGAGACAGAAUAUGAGGCCAUUGAUGCUAUUCUUGUGAAUGCUUUACCUCCUAUCUAUCUAGAUCCUAAGCAUCCUUUACAGUUACAUCGUUUAUUGCCUGCUGCUAUCCAUCUCUCGAAUCUCACUUCGCAUUAUCCUAAAGAGACGCGCGCCUUUGUGGCUUUUCAUAUGCCUUUAGCAGGUGGUCCCUUGGCCAAUGUGCCUGGCUUAUCACAUCGUGAGCGUGCUAUUUUAUCGAUCCUGUUAACUUUUCGACAAGGUGGAUCUGUGCCUGAUCCUAUCUUUUAUGCCAUACAGUCCUUAGUGGGUCGUCGUGGUGUCUCUGUGUGUAAAUACAUAGGUCGAUUGAUGGAACUAGUGUUUGCAGUGUCUCCUUUACGACCUGGUAUGAGUCUCCAUUCAACAGGGCUCUCAUUUACCACCAUUCUACCUGAUCAACAUCAACUAAACCAUAAAGAAGAACCCAGUAGUAGUGGUAGUGGUAGUAGCAGUAGUGAAUUAGAAGAUGAAGAUGAAGAACAAGAACAAACAGUAGAAGAAGAAAAAGAGAUUGAUUACUAUCCUAGUAUGCAAUUACGCAUUCGUUUACCUCAACAUCAUUCACCUCUUAUUGAUGCUCCUGCUAUUAUGUCUGUGAUUGAAAGCAUAGACAAGAAAGUGAAUACCAAAAAGUUUGAUAUGGAUGCAGAACAUCGACCUUUAAAAUGUCCUAAUCUAUUCUCUGUUGAAGUGAUGAGACAAUAAAUUUUUUUUUUUCCUUUUUAUA